AAUGCAGGUUUGUCGUGCAUUAUCUAUCGGGCAGAUGUAGUAAUACCUGUACAUGUACUAGGCCUACAGUAUAUAUAGUAGCUUUGUGUACCAGAAGCAUUUUCACGCCAUUUCUGGUAACGGAUGGAUCCGAAGUCUUUCUAUCUGUUAAUUGAUCAAUAAUGCCUGAAAAUCUACAUUAAUAUUGUGCAUUCGUUAUUUUUGUUCUCGCAUCGAUUCCUCAUCACUGACUGUAUCAGAUCAUGAUCAUGGAGACAAUGCUAUUUUGGGGCAUCGUGCUUAUUGGGUGUUUUUCAUCAUGCAGCGGAUCAGUUUCAAGCACAUCGCGAUUUUGUGUGAUAGAAAAUCGAGUGGGGAGCAGUGGGGUUGGAAGCCAACGCAUGCUUGCCUUUAGAUCAAAUACUACAGCUUCUCCAGUUUCCGUGGAAGUGAGCUACGGAGAUGUGGACCCCUCCUCGGCCGGGUGGAGCUCGUGGAAGAAUCUUGGAGCUCCGAUGGCCAGUCCGCCGCUGUCCAACCCUGUGUGUGAAAUGACAGAACAAAAUCAAACCCAGAUCUUUGUGCAAGCAUCCGAUGGGCAGGUCUACUCGGCGAUUCAAGACACCCUCAAUUUUUUGAACUUCUCCUCGUGGAAGAAGGUCGGUUCCAACUCCAUCCCGGUCAGCUUACCCAAUCGAUCCACGCUCGUAGAUUCCGUAUCUGCAGUCUGGUAUGGCAAGCAACUCAUGGUUUUUGCUCGUUCGAUCAGUACUUCUUCAAGGCUGUAUUGGUGUAAAGGCACUUCAACCAGCUGUACUUGGGGUCUUGUCGCUGGAACUGCGCUCAUUGGAACAGAUGCUACACUGAUCAAGAAUCCUUUCACGGCGAAGUAUGAAGGAUUCGUGAUAUCUCCUAAAGGGAAGAUGUACCGGACAUGGCAGCAUGCCAGUGGCAACAGCUUUAAAGCCUGGAAAGCAAUGGCUUCUUCACCUACCUUCUCAGUUGUCUCCAGACCUGUCGCUCAAGUAAUGGGCUACAGCAUUUAUAACGGCAAGAUCAUGAUAGGGGAAUCGGAGUGGAUAACUACGUGCACAGGUGCGCCCAGGCUGCCUGUGAUACAGUGGACAAUCCUUGGAGUUACUGCACGUGGGGAGACUGGCAUCAGACUGGGGGAAGAUUCCAUUUGA